GCAAGUCUACUGAGCUUAAGUUUGGGCUUCAGCUUGUCUAAAUUACUUCACUCAGCUCCAGCUCGCCUAGGAUUCUCGGCUCGAAUCCAGCCGUCAACUCUAUUCUUAUUGUCAACGAAGCCCAAAACGCCAUUCUCCGUCGGAUCCGGAUCUCUUUCCUCCACCAAGAACCGCGUAUUCUACUUUUGGAGUCAGAGGUGAUUCGGUUGCUGCUGGAGCUGUGAGUAACCCAUUCUUCGUUCGGAUUUUAGUGGAGGUCUGAAGGACUUAUUAAAGAGUUGUACUCUUACUGAUUAAGGCUCGAAUUUCCUUCAGAUUUGCAUAUUGUUGUGUUAUUGUUGACAAUGGUCGACGCUGGGGUUGGAACUGUUGGCAAGAAGUUGGAAGAAUCGACAAGACUUCGGUUGAGUUAUUUGUGGAAUCACAAAAGCAACCUUGAGGAACUUAAGAAAGAAGUUGAAAGGGUGAGGGAUGUUAGAGCUGAUUUGCUGAGUUCAAUGGAGAGAGCUGAACGCCGAGGGGAACAGAUAGAAAAUGAUGUUGAGAGGUGGCUGAAGAAUGUUGAAGAGUGCAUCAAUAAUGCGACGAUGAUUAUUGAGGACUUUGAGGGGAGAGCAGGUAUUCGAUGUUGCAAGGGGCUGUGUCCAGAUUUGACAACCCGGUAUCGGCUUAUCAAGAAAUCGGUGAAGGAGUUGAAGGCUGUAAGUGGACUCUUGAAAGAUAGAAACUUUGAUAGAGUUUCAUAUGUUAUCCAUCAACGGGACAUAUGGUCUAGAUAUUCUAAGGAUUAUGAGACCUUUGAGUCAAGAUUGCCCAUUUUUAAUGAUAUAUACAACGCUUUAUGCAAUGAUGAUACCAACAUGAUUGGAGUGUAUGGGAUGGGGGGCAUUGGCAAGACUGCACUGGUGAAGCAAGUUGCCUGGCAAGCCAAGGAAGACAAGUUGUUUGAUGAAGUGGUUCUGGCAUUGGUAAGCCCGACUCCAGACAUAAGAAAGAUCCAAGGAGACAUUGCAAAUCAGCUAGGUCUUCAAUUCCAUGAGGAGAAUGAAUCUGGAAGAGCAAGGAGGCUACGUGAUCGAUUGAAUCAAGAGAAGAGAUUCCUUUUAAUCUUUGAUGAUAUCUGGGAAAUUCUUGAUUUGGAGAGAGUUGGAAUUCCUUUAGGAAACGAUCAUCAGGGAUGUAAAAUUAUGCUGACGUCAAGAAUUCAUGAUGUAUCAGGUAAGAUGGGUUCUCAAUGUAAUUUCUUGGUUGCUGCUCUGAAGGAAGAAGAAGCUUUUAGUCUAUUUAAGAAUAUAGUAGGUGAUUCAAUUGAAAAUUUUGAGUUCCAAUCCUUGGCAGUUGAAUUUGUCAAGGCAUGUGGAGGUCUGCCUAUUGCCAUUGUUAAUAUUGCAAAUUCAUUAAGAGGGAAGAGUCUAUUUGAAUGGAGGGAGGAGUUCCAGACUUUGAGCCAUCCUUCGUCAAGGAAAUUCACUAGAAUGCUUGAGGAUGUUUGUUCAACAAUAGAGUUGAGUUACUACCAUUUAGAAGAUGAGGAACUCAAGUCAAUAUUUUUGCUUUGUGGUCUAAUAAAUUAUACUGAUGAAGCUUCUGUUAUGGAUUUAUUGAAAUAUGGAACUGGUUUGGGUUUGUUUAAAGGCAUCAUUACUCUGGAAGAAACAUGAGA